AUGCCGCGAUUCGAAGUCAUGGACAGCUCGCCACAUCCAACACCAGUCGUCGAAGAGAGCGAGUUCGAGAUCAACAGCAUCCGCUCCACGCCUUGUCCGGGAAGGGGCCUGUUUCCUCAGGGACCCGGUUCCGACUCUCUCGAUGUGGAAGAGGACGACAUCAGCGAAGCUGGUACCCUCGUUCUGGAUAGUAUGGAGGAUUCAAACGAUCAGGGCGAUCAACAUGAGCAAGCCGAGGAGCAAGAUCAUCGUCCCGAGCAAGCUCAGGAGCAACAGUCCAUCCAUCUCCGCGCGUCUCUCAUCACCCUGCGUGAAGCCCUCAUCAACUCCACCGCCCUCGUCAACACCCUGCGUACUCGCAACGACUUCUUCCGGGCAGAGAACAGCGCGAAGGAGGCGCAGCUCAAGGAGUUCAGAAAGGCGCGAGAUGGUGCGCAAGCUGUGGUGGAUUCCGAGAUUGAGGAUCGAGAGGCAUCCAAGCGCUUUGUGGUGUUGGUUGCGGCGAUUGUGGUGGUGGUGGGCGUUGGGUAUGUGUACUGCUGUUGGUGUCAUGGGCCGGAGAUGCAGUAUGUCUUGAGGAGGCGCAGGGAGGGUUUGGGGAUUUGA